AUGGCUGCUGCUUUGAGAUUAAACCCUUUAGCAGUAAUACUGGUAUUUUCAUUCACAGAAGCCACUAACAGUAGUGGUUUCACUGUUGAUCUCAUACAUCGUGAUUCGACACUAUCUCCGUAUUACAAUGCCAAUGCCUCUCACACCCAUUUUGAUCGCUUGUAUAAUGCUUUUGCUCGUUCCAUUUCAUGGGCUAAUCGUUUCAAGGCAAGCUUACAAUCUCGCAAUUCAAACCAAUCAAACGUAACAGCUAGUAACUCAGGAGAAUACCUCAUGAAUGUUUCCCUUGGAGUGCUUGGCCUUGCGGAUACAGGUGGUGAUCUAACAUGGACACAAUGUAAGCCAUGUAUAAAAUGUUACAAGCAAGACCCUCCUCUCUUCGAUCCUCAGCAUUCUUCAACAUAUUGUAACGUUUCCUGCAAGUCAAAGUCUCGCAUAAAUUUGGAUAGAAAAGCUGUUUUAUGUGGUGAACGAAACAUUUGCUUCUAUAAUUAUACCUAUGGAGACAAUUCAUACACUAGUGGUGAUCUUGGUGUUGAAACCUUAACAUUUGGCUCGACUACUGGCCAUCGGGUCAAAAUACCAAAGAUUUUUUUCGAUUGCAGCAACAAUAAUGAGGGUAUAUUUGAUGAGGAAAGCUCUGGCAUAAUUGGCCUAGGAGGUGGCCCUCUUUCUCUAGUCUCUCAACUAAACAAGUACAUUGGUGGAAAAUUUUCUUAUUGUUUAGUUCCCACAACUUCAAAUGUUUCAAUCAAGAUUAACUUUGGUUCCAAUGGCUUGGUUUCUGGCAAAGGAGUGGUUUCAACACCCUUAGUUGCAAAAAAGCCUUCCACAUAUUAUUACGUUACUCUAGACGGGAUUAGUAUUGGGAACACAACGUUUGCCUAUAGAGCUUCUUCCAAGGCCAGUGUUAAUAAUGUGGGUAAAAUGAUUAUUGACUCGGGCACAACUUACACCUUUCCUCCACCUGAGUUUCAUAAAGAUUUGGUAUUGGCCUUAUUGAAAACUAUUCAUGCUAAACGUGUUAAAGACCCAAAGGGUGUUCUUAGUCCUUGUUUUAGGUCCAAAGGUGACCUUGAUAUCCCAAUUAUCACAGCUCAUUUUACUGGUGCUAAUGUAAAGUUGAAGCCAAUCAAUACGUUUGCUAGAAUGAAUGAUGAUUUGGAUACAACCUCGAAGUGCACCCAGAGGGAGAAUAUUAAAGCAAAUUUCAAUGGUGCUGUCUUCAAGGAGUCCGGCAAGGCGGGGAUUGGGGUUGUACUAAGGGACUCAAGUGGGCAGCCUAUUGCAGUGCUUAGUGCAAGCAUCCCAUUGCCAUCAACGGUGGAGGAAGUUGAAUUCUUGGCCGCCAGGCAAGCGUUGCUGUUAGCAUCAUAA